CAAAAAUGGCAGAAGAGAGCGAUUCCAAUUCUAGACCAUGCCAGGUUUUGAAGCUGGAUCUCUUCAUUGAACAGCAAUAAAACCCGUCAAUGUAAACAUGUCGACUGCACAUUCAGUCAGUUCACACAACAGACUUUAGCAUAGAUGUACAUCUUUUCACUUUUUGUCUCUCUCUGGCUUGUCCAGAGAGUAACUGCCGACUCAUUCUACGGGGGAUAUUCUCAGUCGACCAAGUACUGCGGAAUCGUGAAUGUUGGUAAUGACAAGUCUAACCCUGGUAUUUAUUGCCAGUGCCUUUUCUCCGGCGAAUACUUGGACUGCAACGCCGAAUUUGAGAGCUUUCUUGUCAAUGACCAGGGGCAGUUGAAAUUUGGAGCUAACGGCGCUGCACAACAUUCCUGCCACGGCUGGAGUCUGUUUGACACUAUACUCGCGGCAAACUGCAGCGGACCAACAAUAACAAUGGUGAACUUAGAUGAGAUGUGCGGGACCGCAAACGGUAAGUUGAUGUGUGGAGAACAGCAUAGUCAAGGCUCGGCGACCUCAUCUCUCGCUACUCCCACUGCUUCAUCAGGGGUUGAGUCGACGCCAGCCUCCACCUUUACUACAAGUCCAGCCCCGAAAUCCACUUCUCCAGUGAAUCUGGAUGAUCAGACAACCUCUGUGGUGCAGACUCCAAUCUCAUCCCCGAGUAUCGAUGACAGCCAGACCCCUCAGUCUACAACGAUCAGUACAGAGCCUAGCGCGACCGCUUCCGCUGAUACCACAAAUACUUGUGGGUCAGUACAAAAGCGUACUCUACAGCAGAUGAGAAUUAUGGGCCGCUGAGAGGCUGUUAUGAAAGAGUGAGAAUACUCAUGAUAACUGAUCCAAGGGUGAAGGUAGCCGCCUCUGUGGAAUGCAUUUCAAUACACUUUGUUUCUAGUGGUCUUCUUAUAUAGAAAUGUUAAGAUAAAGUCAGGUGUCCUCU